CCGGGCUGUCAUGCGUGGGAAACAGGCACGCCUAUGGAAACAAAACCUACUGGUUGUCUAAGACGACUGAAGAUGGGAUUGAAGGUUCUUGGUGACAGCUUUACGGUACACCAACCCGCAAGAGAGUCAUGCUUCGUUGUUAGUGCAACCCGGCUAGCAGCGAAUCUGGAAAAGAACACAUCUCUCCAAAGGCAACCUGCUGUUCAUUCUGCCAAUAAAGAUUUUGGGGGAUGCGUCGACGUUUGGUUCCUCUGUGUCGCUUAGGAAUGGGGCCAAAGAUAACGCAUAGUGGAAACUGAGAUAGAAAGAGCGUCUCAUAUAUGCUUGCAUAACAAUGUUG